UAGUGAGGUACAGCUGGAGAGUGACAAUUGCUAUGAUUAAAAGUGAUGCCGCACUAGAACAGCUUGGGGCCUAGGCCUUUAUAUUUUGUCGGAGCCGGAGCCGGAGCCGGAGCCAGAGCCGUAGAAUUCGCACCACAUAGGGGUACCGGGUACGCUCACUUUUACAACAUUAUUGGCGUGGGAGGGGAAUCAAUUGAAUUCAAUAUGCAUGAUUGGGGUGGUAAAUAAAAGUCAUGAUAGUAAUUAACUGUGGACUGUACGUAAAGCCAUAAGGAUGGCAAAGUGAUGGUCUCCCUAUAUUAACGAACUGGGUAGAAGAGAGGAGAUACAUAGCUUUACUCUAGCUUGCUUUCGCUGUUUCCACUAAUCGUGAAUCAAUCUCCAACUCGUUGAAAGAAUGGCCGAGGCACUCGUCAACCUCCUUGUUGAACAAUUGGGUUCAGUUGUUUACCACCACACAAGUGAAGGGGUGACACUGGUCUUGAAUGCCAAGAAGGACGUUGACAAGUUCAGAAGCACCCUCAAACUUAUCCAGAAUGUGCUUCACGAUGCUGAGAAGAAGCAAGUGUCGGAUCCCGCGGUGAGAGACUGGUUGGAUGAGCUCAAAGACGUGUCGUACAAGAUGGAUGACGUGCUCGACGCUUGGAAUACUGAAAUUGGGAAACGAGAAGCUGAGAAACAAGAAACACAAGGUUCUGAUGCGGAGGUACGUUUCUCAUUUCGUUCCAAUUGCUUUUGUCUUGCCCGAUUGAAUGAGGUAACUCGUCGUUAUAAGAUUGGUAGAGCAAUAAAAGAUCUGAAUGCACAGUUAACUCAGAUUGACGUUGACAAAAACCAGUUUAGCUUUCAAUCUACCAUGCAUGCUGCUGCAGUUAAUGUUGAACAACCUAAUCCACGAUCUUUAACUUCAUCUUUCGUUGAUAUAUCGACCAUAUUUGGGCGACAAGUUCAAAAAGACAGGCUGGUGACUGAGUUGUUAAGGCCGAGGGAAGGGACGCCCGGCCUUGUCAUCCCCAUUGUAGGGAUGGGAGGAUUGGGGAAAACAACUUUGGCCCAAUUAGUCUUUAACGAUGCACAAGUUCAAGCCCAUUUUGAUAUCAAAGCAUGGGUUUGUGUCUCAGACCCUUUUGAUGUCAUCAAGAUUGCUUUUGCAAUCUUUAGGCAACUCGGUGGUACUCGAGUUACUACAGACGAGUUGCAAACUAUAUUAGAUGAUAUUCAAAAUCUUGUCAAGAAAAAAGAGGAUGGAAAGGAAAAGAAGAUCCUUCUUGUCCUAGACGAUGUGUGGACCGAAGACGACAGAGAGUGGGAUAGUUUAAAAUUACAAGUAUUAAUGCAAAGCUGUUCUGAAGGCAGUAGAAUUCUGGUGACCACUCGAAAGCAGGAGGUUGCUCGAAUGAUGAGAGCAACUAGGGACAUGAUCACUUUGGAGAAGUUGAGUCUUUUAGAUUCUUUGGAUCUAUUCAAUAAUGUUGCGUUUAUGGAUAGGGAACAAGAUAAGUCCAACAAGGUGUUUGGAGAUAUUGUUGAGAAAAUUGUUAAAAAAUGUGACGGUUUGCCUCUCGUUGUGAAGACUUUAGGUAGUCUCCUAAUGGAUAAGCUGACAAUUAGAGAAUGGGAAGAAGUUCUCAACAGUGAGAUAUGGAAGGUAAAAGUGGUUCAAGAAGAAGUUUUUCGACCAUUAUUACUCAGUUAUUAUGAUUUGGCUAUGGAGAUUAAGAGUUGCCUUUGGUAUUGUGCUACUUAUCCCAAAGAUUUUGAGUUCAACAAAGAAACUCUUAUCGAGCAGUGGAUGUCACAAGGCUAUCUGAAUGUUGGAGAAAACAAAGAAGAGGCAACACAAGGUAGAGAAGUUUUUACAAAGUUAGUAAUGCGAUGUUUCUUUCAAGAUUUCAGACAAGAUGCACUUACUAAGGAAAUUAUAGGCUGCAAAAUGCAUGAUACUGUGCAUGAUUUUGUACAAUAUCUUACCCAGAAUGAGUGUCUUACUAUGGUGGCUACGGGUACCCAUGGAACAGAGACAUCGAGUGCAAAUUAUAGGGUUCGCCAUUUGACCUUAAUGUCAGCACCCGAGGGUCCAUUUCCAUCGUUUAUAUCAAACUUUGUGAAUAGCAAAAUUUUGCGUACCCUGGCAACUUUUGAUUCAAGUAUUACUGCCAUAGACUCGAAUUUGAUUUCACAGUUGAAAUGCCUGAGGACCUUGAAUUUGAGUGACGACAACAUCCAGCUGUUGCCAGACGAGAUUGGUGAUUUGACACAUUUGAGAUAUCUUGAUUUGUCUCGUAAUGAAUUGAUUAUAUUACCCGAUAGCGUGUGUAACUUGCACAAUUUGCAAACUUUGAGGCUUAAUGGCUGCAACAGCCUUGAAGAGUUGCCGGACAAUAUGGGGAAGUUGAUUAACUUGAAGCACCUUCAUGUUGAUUGUGGGCUGAAGUACUUACCAAAAGGGAUUAGGCGUAUAAGGAAUUUGCGAACAAUAGACGGGGGCACUUCUGUUUAUUGUAGUGAAGAUGCCAAAGCAUUGACAUUAGGAGACCUGAGAAUGAUGAAUCAGCUUCGCCGUCUUGACAUCGUGAUUUCAAGGGUUGGGGAAAAUGCUGCAAGUGAGGCCGAGAAAGCACAAUUGAAUCAAAAACUGCAUCUUUCUUAUUUAGAACUUUUUCUGGAUGAUUGCCGCGACAACGACGUAAAUGCUGGAGUAAUGAAUGCCUUGCGACCACAUGAAAAUUUGGACUCUUUGGUAAUUUGGAAGUAUCGUGACCCCACCUGGCCCAAUUGGAUGACGACGUCGUAUUUAACCAGAUUGACAGUCUUUCAUCUUUGUCGCAGCGGCUCCUCUGUUUUGCCUCCUCUCGGGAAACUGCCGUCCCUUAAAGUAGUAAAGCUACAUUGGGUGUUUCAUCUGGAAGAGAUCGGAGCUGAAUUUUACGGAGUAGAAGAAGAAACAUCAUCAUCAUCCUUCCCAAGUUUGGAAACACUCUUUAUUGGCGGCUUGGUGAGUUUAAAAAAGUGGGAAUUAGGUGGAAAGGCAGAAGAGGGUUCUUCUAAUUCCCAAAUGAAAUCAAUUUCAAUAAUGCCACGCCUUUCUUCCUUACAUAUUUUGGAGUGUUCUAGACUGAAACAACUGCCAGACUUCCUCCUGCAAAAUGCACCACUGCAGAAUCUUCUCAUCGGAGAUUGUCCAAGCCUUCCUGCCAGCCUUCCUGACGGGUUCAUCUCUCGCAUCCCAAACGUCACAAUUGUAUAUUCGGGAGUUGAUCCCCUUUUCAAAGGAAGAGAAAUAGAUACUGCAGAGUAUUAAUUUGCGGAAGCCAAACUAUUCUGAUAAUCGCUAUCCCCGACGUACUGACGUUACUUAUAGUCGACCAAGUUAAAGAUUUCAAGCACCCUAUCGCAGGCUGUUCAAACCUGCCUCAAGUUUGCAGUGGCUCGAUUGCCCAAGACAUGAUGACACUUAGGUAGCUUUAAGCAUGACCGACUCAUAAUCACAAUGAACCUUGAAGUUGUCCAACUGAUCGAUGGGGUUCUGCAAAUGGAGCAAAGGUAGCAGAGAAACUAAGGAGGAUUGAUGAGCUGUGAUACACCACCCGGGAAACCUGGCUUGCAUUGAGGCAUCCAUUUGACUGACUGAUGUGCUUUUCAUGAUUCUGCCUAAAUUAUAGGACUGUCCCUUGAAUGAGAAUAUGAACACAAUGGGACCUCCAUAUCAAGAGGAUAAAAGUAUCACAUCAAUUGAUCAUCAUCAAGGGUCUUGCUUUUUAAGGCAAUUACAGAAGCCAAGAGCAUACUCGAGGGUUGAAGAUCUUACUGGUUGCUUAUGAUACUUUUCUGCCUCUUCUAAUAGUACGGGCUCAGCAUUCAACUCCUGAUCAAGGGCAUUUGAAUUUACAAUUCUGGUUUCAUUCUUCAUGUUGCAAUAGCGGAAAAAAGAUGGAAGUGGCAGUGUGACCCAUAGUCUCAUUCGCUCUACUGUUAAAUUUGGUAUCUGAUUUCCAUGGAUUUUCUUAUCCUAUUGGGGCUGAAGUUUAUAGCAUGGAAGAGAGGGCAAAGUGGAUGUGACCCAAACUGAUCUCAUUCAAAUUCACCAAAAGGACAAAUGAGGUAGGGGAUGUUCAAUGAGACUUGCGGCUCAAAACAGCCUGGACAUGGUGGAAACUGACUUGGAAAUUCGGUUGGAGUCCAGUGGAAUCAAAUUCUAGAAAAAAAGAAUCACAAAAAAGCGGAAGAACAGCAUGACACGGGCUUUGUCAGCAGUGGAACACUAAGCUGAAGUCCAAAAGGCAGAAAGGGGUAUAUUUCUUCUAUCACAUGGUCUUGGUCAGACCUCAAAGUAGCAGUGGAGUAGCAUAACAUGACACUCAGGAAAUGUAGAAGCAUGGAGACUCCAAAAUUACAUCGGAGUUGUCAAGCUGGUGAUUAAUCAUUAAUGAGAUGAGAUGGGAUUUAGCGGCGUGAAAAAGAGGGACGAUUCUAUAUGACCAAAAGUCUCAAUCAAUUAGCUUCCUUGUUCUGCCAAGUCCAAAGGCCUUAUGAGUUGCAGUGGCUGGUUUCCUCAAGACAUGAUGACUCUCCUGUACUCCUCAUGCUAUGCAAUAUGUCCCAUUUCAUAUACAAUAUAUCUCCUAUACACAUAUACCUUCUGUAUCUUCUGUAUACAAAAAUCAAACCAAGUUGAUGAGCAGGCCAGGUUGAAGCAGAAAGGAAUUGAAUUGGUGCUGGCAAGCUGAUUAGCGCGAUGAUUUUGAGCUGCAUUCUGGAAUCUAUUCGACUGACCAAUGUAGGUGCUAUUAGAGAUUACCUGGGUGUUCAAACCUGCCUCAAGUUUUCAGUUGCUGGAUAUAUCCCAAGACAUGGUGAACCUCAGGCUAAACUGAGCAUAACUGACUCAGAAUAGUUGUCCAGUUGGCAGCUGAUUAAUGAGGUUUUACAAAUGGAGCAAAGGAGGCCGGAUUGUCAAGCAGUGGUACACCAUUUCGGAAAUUGUCUUGCAUUGUCACAUCCAUUUGACUAUGAUGUGUUUUUCACAAUUCUGCCAGAAGUAUAGGACUUGUCUGAAGCAGUGAUGCACUAGCAAGGGAUAACUGUCUAGUAUUCUUUGAUCCAUUUGAUCAGUGGAUGAGGUUUACCUAAACUAGCAUGGAAGAGAGGGGAAGAGUGGAUGUGAUCCUAACUGAGCUGAUUCAAAUUCAACCAAAGGACAAAUGUAGGGGAUGUUCAAUGAGGGUUGCGGCUCAAAUUCAGGAGAGGAUAACAACUGAGGAAGAACAGCAUGACACAGGCUUCGUAAGCAAAGGAACAGUAAGCUGAAGUCACAAAGGCUGCAAGGUUUUUGGUUUAGGAUUGUGAAGUCCCCUCUUCUUUCACAAGAAGAGGGGACUUGUUCUAGUAGUACUAGGAUUGUGAAGAACCUAUAGCUUAAUUAUUUUGAGAGAGAUGCUUCCCUAAGAGAUUUUACUUUGAGAGGAAUGCUUGUGAGGUUUUUCUUGGGUAGAAUUGGGGCUUUCUAUUGAGAGGGGUUGAGAGGAGUGGUUUAUGAUUGUAACCUUCUUUAUUAGUCGAUUCAUCAUUAUCAUGGUCGCCCGAGGAUAUAGGCAAUUUGGCCGAACCUCGUUAAAUUAUUGUGUUAUUGUCAUGUGUUUU